UGCAACUUACACGAGCCGCGGCAACCACUUGCACACCCUGUCACGUCGUUUUCUUUAUGUUUUCAUUCUCCCUUAUGGUUACUGUUGGGGACUCUAGGUGUCUAUCUACAGGCUCAAUUUGGAGCAUACACAUAGCUCAAAACUGCAUUCUGAGGAAUCGCAAAUUCCCUACUCGAGCCGCAGCUCAGGCCAGAGCCGGGCCACUGCAUUCUGAGGCGCGCAGUGUGACGACUGAGCAGGAUGAACAUCCCAUGGUCUUGGGCCUCACUGCUAGCCCUAUGUUUGGUGGCAAUCCUACUGCAGCCUUCCGGAAGUUGGAAGCCAACCUCGACUGCGUUAUUCAUAGUCCUCGAGCCAAUCGGGAUGAGCUCUUGACUCAUGUCCACUGUCCGAUCUUCCGACACGUGUGCUACGAUACACCGCAAUACUCUGAUCAUAACUAUACUUCUAAAAAUUUAUCAGCAGUCGAUGCCAUUAUUGCUACUAUGAACAUCGGAUCCCGAAUUCCAUGGUCUCAGCUGUGGUUACUAUUUUUUCUUCCCUACUUGAUCUGAAGUUGGUUGACUUUGCAUCCGCUGAGUUGAAAGCAGCAUUUGCGCAAAUCGAUUUCGAUGGGAUGAGUAGGGCAUUCCUGAUAGCACAGGGACUUUGCGUUACACGUUUUGUCUCAUUUCCUCAUUUUCAUAUCUUGUGAUUUGCGAUAUUCUAGUAUUUAAUCACAUUAUAAUCAUUUUGUUGUAUUCGUGUGGAUUUUCAUAAAUUUUCACCCAUCCGUAGAGGGACUUGGAAUAUUUUAAUGUAUUUUCAGAAAGUCAGAAAAUUUCAGAAAAUUUUACAAAAUCUUCGCGGGAGGUUUUCCCUGAUG